AUGACCAGAUCGCCCUUCUCUCCCCCGCGAAGAGGCCACUUCGCCGCGCGCGCGUUCUCCAUUUCCCACGCCCGAUGGAACGCGCCGCCUCUACCGUCGCGGAAACCCGUUGGCGCGUUUCGGGGCGGUCUCUUCGGCUUCCUCACUGGAGCCGUCGUCGCCGGCGCCUCGGUGUACUGGUAUAUCCUGGGUAACUACCGGAUUGCGAACGAGAUGCUCUCAGAAGAUAUUACGGCGCUUCAGUCGGCUACACUUAAGCUGCAGUCGUAUAUCAAAGAACUUGAGGAUAAGGUGGAUCGGCUGCACAAGAAGUAA